AAACGCGACUCAUGACUAACUCUCAACUUGCGUGCUCACACAUUGGAACGUGUAACGCUUUGCUUGCUCAUACGUUUACAUUACUUUGUCAGUUGAGUUUCAUACUGAGACUCGUGAGGAUCAUCAUUGUAAAACCGCGGUUUAAUUUCAUUAUUAUAAACUCUAUAGUGCCGUAGCAGUAGCAUUAACCAAAUAAAUUAACACUUAAAUGGCGGCGCUUGUUUAAACGAUUAAUCACCAUCGGCAACAGUAAUUAUCAAUGACUAAUCCAUAAUCCUUAAUAGUGAGUGAGUUAAGUCCUUUUAAACUUUAAGAUUAUAAACUUUUUAAGAGUUUAAAAGGAUACGAGAAAUUCGUGAGUACAAUUGAAAGUAAGUAGAGAGAGAUACAGUGUCAAGUGAAGAACUCGGCUUUUGCCAUAUUAUUUAUAACAGCAGUGAAGGAGAUUGUAAGAGUAAGAGCACAGACCGAGUUACUGAAUACCAGACUACCAAUGGUGAUUGUCAUCAAGAGAUCAAAGUAACCAACUCCAGCUGUUUUGGUAUACGGCCUUUUUUAAAGACUUUUUCACAAGUUAAAAUGGGAUGUUGUGGAUGCGGUGAAGAUGACUCGGCGAAAAUUGAACCUGGGAGCCAAGAGAGGGAAUUGUCAUUCUCCGAAUCUGAAGUAUUUGCGAAAAAACGAUCAUGUACCGACCUUCCAGCGCUUUUAAUCCUUAUUUUGAUCAUUGCCGGCUACGGUUUUUUUGUUAGCUGUGCGGUUAAAAAAGGAGAUCCCUUUCGACUUCUCUACGGAUAUGAUGACUGUGCUAACGUUUGCGGUCGAGUUACGAGCAAAGAAACAAACCCAGAGUUUUCUUGCAAAGGUGCUGACAUGAGAGAGCUACGUUAUCAUUACGCUGAAUUAGGAGUAGAGGGAGUUAAAUCGCGAAAAUGUAUUGAAAACUGUGAUCGCCUGGGCAAUGAAACGAUACGAUUUUUAAAUCGUUGCAUCGUUAAAACUAAUGGCAAUAAUCCUACAAAUGCUUUACUGAAUAACAUGGGAGUUAAAAAUUUUUUUAAUGAAGCCGCAAAUGAUUUGAAUAUUGCAUGGAGAGAAUUGAUUUACCUGCUAUUAAUUGCUCUGGCUUCAUCCCUCGGCAUUCUGAUUGCCUUCCGAUACAUCGUACAAUACGUCAUAUUCAUUGUUCUAAGUGGUGCAGUUGUCAUCUCCAUUGCUGGGACAAUUUACCUCUGGUUGCUCUGGCAUUUUGAAAAGAAAGACGUUAUGGCUGGUAAAAUUGACGAAGAAGAAGCACAUAUACAAGCAUACUUGGUAUAUGCUAUUUUAAUGUCAAUAGUUGCUGUUGUGACACUUCUAGUGGUACUCGUAAUGCGAAGAAGAAUAGCUUUAGUUUCACAAUUAUUUAAAGAAACCGGUAAAGCGAUUUAUUCAAUGCCUGGAUUAUUGUUGCAACCGAUCUACACUUACAUAGUUAUCAGCGCUUCACUUGUCACGUGGCUUUAUAUAAUGCUGUGGAUUGAGAGUGCAGGUGAUCUCUAUAAAAAUAAAAAAGGGCACUAUCACUAUAAAAAAAAUGGUUUGCUUGAGGGCGCACGUUGGUAUAAUAUCUUCAUGUACUUUAUAAUGAUGCAGUUUUAUCUGGGUUGUCAGCAUAUGAUUGUAGCUGGAGCGGUAGCUCGGUGGUUUUUUACAAGGGAUAAAAAGCAGUUGUCAAUGCCAGUAACGCGCAGUACGUGUUCAUUAAUACGAUACCAUCUUGGUACUGUUGCAUUCGGAGCGCUGAUUAUAGCCAUUGUUAAAUUUCUAAGAGCUAUUUUCGCUUAUACGGCGAAAUAUAUUCAAAAAUAUGAUAAUGCCUGGAUAAAAGCUCUAUUAUGUUGUUGUAAUUGCUGCUUAUGGUGUUUUGAGAAUGCUCUCAAAUUUUUAACACGAAAUGCUUACAUCGAAACUGCCAUUUACGGGUGUAAUUUAUGUGCUGGAGGCAGAAAAGCAUUCCGAGCACUUACGGACAAUAUAUUACGAGUAGCAGCUAUUAAUAGCGUUGGAGAUUUUGUAUUAUUCUUGGGUAAAGUACUUGUAGUUGCGCUUACCAUUGUUGCCGGUGUUUACUUGAUCCAGAAAAAGGACGGCCUGCACCAUCCUUGGGUACCAAUAACUCUUGGUGGACUAUUUGCUCUUCUCAUUUCCCAUUGUUUCAUUUCAAUUUAUGAGAUGAUAAUCGACACAAUAUUUAUAUGCUUCUGCGAAGACUGUUCAAGAAACGAUGGAAUUAGCCGUCCUUAUUACAUGAGUCGCGGGUUGAUGGAAUUCGUAGAAAACAGUAAGGAAGCCAUGAAAAAGCUUUAAUUAUCAAUGUUCUCCACAAAGUGCUUCUAUUUCUAUUCGUUAGCAGUAAAACGAAUUAUUUUCAACUGGAAUAAAAGAGUAUAAAGACUGAAAAUAUUGAUAUAUUUUUGUCUGGUUUUUUUGAGAGUGAGUUCCGAUUACUACGUACUACCAAAGCACAAUUGAUUAUCGCGUGAUACGUGUUAUUGCACUAAGAAUAAGCUAAUCAAACGUUCAAUGUCUUCUAUUCGAUAAUUAAUUAUGUGAUGCCUCAAUAGUAAAAAAAGUUGAUAGAUAAAAAAAAAUAUCUAUAUGUAUUAUAUUUAUAUUUUUAACUCUUCCGUCUAAAUGUUUACUAUAGUUAAAUUAAUGUAAGCUCAUAUAUUGUAUUAUUUCCAUUAAUUAUUCAUCUACAACGAUCUAUUGUAACAGUUUUGUAUUGAUUAACAAUUGAAUAAUUACAAGCUUAAAUAUUGUUUAUUUAAUGGUUGUAAAAAAUGUGAUUAAAUGAAUGAGUUUUUUCUAUUA